AUGGAGAGUCCUUGCCCAGACACACAGGGGCUUAAGAGGGAGUGGAGGUCCACGGCACAGCCCCAUCAGCGUGGGGAACUGGUGGGAUUGCACCAUGGCCUUGUCCUCCUCCUCCUCGCGGUGCUCGCCCACAGCUCAGGUUCCCUGGUCCAGGCAGCGCUGACUCAGCCGCCCUCGGUGUCGGCGAACCCGGGAGAAACCGUCCGGAUCACCUGCUCUGGUGGUGGCAGCUAUGCCUGGUUCCAGCAGAAAGUGUCUGGUCGUGCCCCUGUCACUGUGAUCUAUAGUAACACCAACAGACCCUCGGACAUCCCUUCACGAUUCUCCGGAUCCCAGUCUGGCUCCACGGCCACGUUAACCAUCUCUGGGGUCCAAGCCGAGGACGAGGGUGACUAUUACUGUGGUAGCUACGACCGCAGCACUGAUGCUGCCACAGUGACACAGAGCAGCAGCGCUGAGUCAGCCACCCUUGGUGUCGGCGAACCCGGGACAAAUCAGAUCACCUGCUCUGGUGUUGACAGCAGCAGUGGUUAUGGGGUCAGCUGGUUCCAGCAGAAGGUGUCUGGUCGUGCCCCUGUCACUUUGAUCUAUGCUAACACCAACAGACCCUCGGACAUCCCUUCACGAUUCUCCGGAUCCAAGUCUGGCUCCACGGCCACGUUAACCAUCUCUGGGGUCCAAGCCGAGGACAAGGCUGUCUAUUACUGUGGUGGCUGGGACAGCAGCAGCUAUGCUGGUGUGGUGACACAGAGAGGUUCCCUGGUCCAGGCAGCGCUGACUCAGCCGCCCUCGGUGUCGGUGAACCUGGGAGGCACCGUCCGGAUCACCUGCUCUGGGGGUAGCGGCAGCUAUGGCUGGUACCAGCAGAAGGUGCCUGGUCAUGCCCCUGUCACUGUGAUCUAUUACAGCAACCAGAGACCCUCGGACAUCCCUUCACGAUUCUCCGGAUCCCAAUCUGGCUCCACGGCCACGUUAACCAUCUCUGGGGUCCAAGCCGAGGACGAGGCUUUCUAUUACUGUGGUAGCCACGACAGCAGCAGUACUG